AUAUACGCCGUUGUAUUUACGGCAACAAUAUUCGCCAUUUUUGCAGUGGCUGUGAGACUUUACACCCGCCUCAAGAUCGUCAGGAGAAUAUGGUGGGACGAUAUACUCAUGGCGCUGGCCAUCUUCUUCACGUGCAUCUUCACAGCAGUCAUCGCUGUAGAGACACAUUUUGGCUUCGGAAAACAUUCAGCGAGCCUAAACACAGAGCAGAAGUCGAAUAGGUUGCUCUGUUUCUGGCUGAGCGUGUACUUUUACCAGAUUGGGAUCGGUCUGGCAAAAUUGUCCAUCAUUGCUCAGUGCGUCCGAGUAUUCGAAUCGAUCCGGACGUUUCGCUUUGUCGCAUCGUUUCUUGGGCUUGUCGUGACAGGGUACACAAUCACGACCUGCUUCGUGACGCUGUUCUUGUGUAAGCCAAUCUCAUAUUUCUGGCAUCCGGAAAGAUCAGGACAUUGUCUCCCUACAAAUCCAAUAUGGUUCUUCAACACCACCUUCAGCAUAGCAACAGAUAUCGCCGUCGCGCUUCUGCCGCUUCCAGUCGUAAACACUCUGCAUUUACCGAAAAGGCAGAAACAAAUGCUGAUGGCCGUCUUUGCUCUCGGAGGAUCUGUAUGCUUGAUCAGCCUCAUCCGUCUUUACAGCCUCUAUGUUGUAACUCACAACCAUGACGACACUUGGGAAGAUCCUCAGGCCUCUAUCUAUUCCAGCAUCGAGACGUUGGUCGCCAUCAUAGCCGGCUGUCUGCCGACGUACCAUGCAUUCUUGGCCAAACGCUUCCCGGGACUG